UUUAAACGCAGCACUUGAUUUGAGCAAAUCCUGUUUGUUCUAAUCGCAUCUGAUGGAUCCAGGAUGCAGACAUCAUGCUGUCAUUGGUCAGCCCUGUCAGCCAGUAGCCUCUGAUAUAAUCUGCAGCCUGACGGACCAAGCAGGACCGCAUCUAGCUCUGACAGCGGCUCGGUUCUCCCAUCACAGCACCGGCAUGGAUUUACCUGGGAUUAUAGAGCAAAUGGAGGCAGGAGAGCAAGACAGGGCCCUGGUGGCGUUACAGAGCUUCAACAAAGAGAUGAGCCAGUGCUUCACAUUCAGCAGAGAAGACAAUCAGGAAAGAGAGCAUCUGGGAGAGCUGUUGCUCAACUUCCUUAACAGAGAGCUGCAACCUUCCUGUCUGCUGGCGUGUCUAGAAACGGUUCGAAUCCUGACCAGAGACAAGCAUUGCUUGGAUCCCUUCAUCGGCCGCUCAGCCAUGCUCACUCUCGCCCGCUACGCAGGCAUUGCCAUUGACCAGCCUGCUCACACUAAUCAAGGCUUAUUGGAGGAGAGCAAAGCGGCUGAUUUGGAGGAUGGAGAUCCUGGUGCGCUGCUACAGGAGCCCCCCCCUCCUUCAGAAAACCCUGACCAAGAAGUGAUUGUUGAGGCUCUGAAGUCCAUCUGUAACAUCCUGCUCCACAGUGAGAGCGGACAGGUGGUAGCAGCAGAUCUGCACCUCAUUACCGGCGUAGCAGAGAGACUUAAGCAAUGGAAACGUCCCACCUGGAACCAUGAGGUCCGUUUCUCUGAUCUGCGACUCACCUUCCUGCUGACGGCGCUGAGGGUGGAUGUCCGUGCACAGCUGGCCCAGGAGCUUCAUGGAAUCAAACUUCUAGGCAACCAGUUAGAAGCCACCCUGUGUCUCUGUUGGCCAGAUCCACUGGUGACGGCCAGGAAAGGCUAUGAGGGAGUCCCACCCGAGGAGCUGCCCCCGCUAAGCAGGCAGCAGACGGAGUUAGCCAUGGAAAUACUGAAAAUCCUUUUUAACAUCACAUUUGAUGCAAACCGACGAAAGGUUGACGAGGAGGAGGCAGCGGAGUACCGACACUUGGGCGCUCUCCUCAGACACUGCCUGAUGAGCCGAGCAGAUGGAGAGGAGAGGAGCGAGGAGUUCCACAGCCAUACUGUGAAUUUGCUGGGGAACCUGCCGCUGCUGUGUCUGGACGUGCUGCUACUCCCCAAGGUGGAACAGGGCUCCAUCGAGUACAUGGGAGUCAACAUGGAGGCUGUGAACAUGCUGCUGGAAUUCAUGGAGAAAAGACUGGAACGGGGCCAGAAGCUGAAGGAGACUCUUCUGCCAUCUCUGAACCUGCUGACUGAGAGUUCCCGCAUCCAUCGAGAGACCAGGAAAUUCCUCAGGUCAAAAGUGCUGCCACCCCUUCGCGACGUGAAAAACAGGCCAGAGGUGGGAAAUGCUCUGAGGAACAAAUUAGUCCGUCUCAUGACGCACAUCGACACCGAUGUCAAGAACUGUGCUGCUGAAUUCCUCUUUGUGCUCUGCAAAGAAAGUGUUUCACGGUUCAUCAAGUACACUGGAUACGGUAACGCUGCUGGUCUGCUGGCUGCCAGGGGUCUGCUCAGAGGGAGCAGAGACUCUGGGAUCUACUCUGAAGAUGAAGACUCGGAGACCGAAGAGUACAGAGAGGCCAAACCCCACAUAAACCUGAUCACCGGCGUAGUGGAGGAGGAGCAGCCCAACCCCAUGGAGGGAAUGAGCGAGGAGCAGAAGGAGUACGAGGCCAUGAAGCUCGUCAACAUGUUCGACAGACUUUCCAGGACCAGUGUGAUCCAGCCCAUGCAGUUUGGUUCAGACGGGAAGAUGAGAGCGAUGACCACAGAAGAUCUGAAACAGCUGACCACCAACCCGCUGCUCCAGGCAGAGGAGCCCGCUGAUCCAGACAGCGAGGACGAAGCCUAGAUAACACGCCACCAUGGUUCAAACGGCGUGACGUCACUGCUACCAUCUAUAACCGUAUCCAGUGACUCGCACCACGCCGCUCCUCUGUCCGUGUUCUGAUUGGACGAGAGGGGAAGCUGUUUAGCAUAAGUGAGAAAGCAGCAUUUAUUCAGCUCCGAAUUAACCAAUAAGAACUGAUCGAUUACUAUUAGCUCUGGUGUUUGAAGAUAUUUUUACUUAAUCCUACGAAUUAGAUUCAGCGUCACCAUCAGAAGACUUCAGGAAUAAAAUCUUCACUGUUUUUUUUUUUUUUUAAGUGGCUUUAAAUGAGGGGAAUGCAAGGAGCUGCUCCCUGGAGGAAAAGUUUUUAGAUGUUUGAGAGAUUGUAGAGCUUUUUACAAGAUGAACGAUGUUACUGAUAGAGACGAUGUAUUUUAAAACAAUGCUGCUUAGUUCAUGCAUUUGAGAGACAGCUUUAUUUUUGAAACAGGGUUUAAUUAAAACAUAUGGAUGUUAUUUUUCAGUACGCCCCAAAAAUAUUUUAUUUCAAUAAGUAAAAUAUGGGGUGCCGUUUGUAAAGUAAAGCAUUUUAAAAAUGAGGGGAAAUAUUUUGGGUUAUUUAGCGUGUGUAGAAGCAAGGAUGCAUUUUUGUCUUGUCUCUAAGGGCAGGGUGCAUGUGUUAGAGGUAUGUAUGGGCAUGUGUGGGUGGAGCUAUAAGUGGGUGUUGGCAUGUGUGGGUGGAGCCUAAUGAUUGUCUAAUGAAUAUCAACUGGAUCUGCUCAGGGGCUGUUUGAUUCAGAAAGAGGCUAAGGCAGGGUGCCAAUAUUUCUGUUGACCGCAAGUUUAAAGUUAAAUAAGUCUGCAAGUCUACCUGUUGUACAAAUCUUCACAGAAAAAGGGUACAAUAAACAUCCCUAACUGCAGUAAAGCUUUAGGUUUCCUCCUUGGAUUCAACACGUCGAACAGAUCCUUGCUCUCCUCUCCGUGACUAAUUUUUGGAUGAUAGUCACAUUAUCUUUUAAGAGAAAAAUAAGGGGGUUAUUUUUUUCCAAAUAAUUUUUUCACUAUCUCAAUCAUUCAUUUAUAAAAAUCUUACUUUGUUAAAUAUUUAAUUUGGAGCUAAAUAU